AUGGCGCCUAUUCAGAAAGAGUGUGACUAUCUAGUUAUCGGGGGAGGCAGCGGCGGUAUCGCAUCUGCGCGACGAGCGGCAAAACACGGCGCCAAAGUUAUUGCGAUUGAGAGCGCCCGGCUGGGAGGGACCUGUGUGAACGUCGGCUGCGUACCCAAGAAAGUGACCUGGAACGCCGCCGCAAUCGCCGAGAAUUUCAAAGACGCGAAAGCCUAUGGGUUCGGCGGAUUCGAAGAGCCUACAUUCGACUGGCCGUACUUCAAGAAAAAGCGCGAUGCCUAUGUCAAGAGGCUGAAUGGCAUCUACGCCAACAACCUCGGAAGAGACAAGAUCGACACCCUGCAUGGUCGUGCCAGCUUUGUGAGCAAGAACGAAGUCGAGGUCAAGCUUGACGAUGGCACGAAGCAGACCAUCAGGGCGAAGAACAUCCUCAUUGCGACUGGCGGCCGUCCCACUAUCCCCGAUAUUCCCGGAAAGGAACUCUGUAUCGACAGUGAUGGCUUCUUUGACUUGGAAGAGCAGCCAAAGCGGAUUGCAACCAGUGGAGCCGGCUACAUCGGAGUUGAGAUGUCUGGAAUGCUGCACGCUCUUGGUACAAAAGUCGAUUUCUUCAUUCGUGGAGACAAAUUGCUCAGGAGUUUUGAUCCUCUGAUUCAAGACACUGUCACGAAAGAGUACGAGCGACAGGGUGUCAAUCUCCACAAGGGGGCCCAGAUCACAAAGGUCGAGAAGCUGGACGACGGCUCGAAAAAGGUGUACUACAAAGAAGGCGACAAGGAGUCGAGCAUCGACGUCGACGUCGUUCUCUUCGCUGUCGGCCGUGUCCCAGAAAUCGAGGACCUUCAUCUCGACAAGCUUGGAAUUAAGCUCAAUGAAAAGAAACACAUCGUCGUGGACGACUACCAGAGUACCAACGUCGAGAACGUCUUCGCCCUCGGAGAUGUCUGUGAUCGUGGUUUCGAACUAACACCCGUAGCCAUCGCCGCCGGCCGCCGUCUCAGCGAGAGACUCUUCGCUGGGAAGAAGGACGCGCAUCUCGACUAUAGCAACAUCCCCUCCGUCGUCUUUGCACAUCCUGAGAUUGGAAGUAUUGGGUUGACCGAGCCGCAAGCGAGGGAAAAGUAUGGCAACAGCGUCAAAAUCUACAAGACUGAGUUUACAGCUAUGUACUACGCCAUGAUGGAGCCCGAAGACAAGGGCCCUACUGCUUACAAGAUCAUCUGCGAGGGCGUGAAUGAGAGAGUUGUUGGGUUGCAUAUCUUGGGUGUGGGCAGCAGUGAGAUUCUGCAGGGCUUUGGUGUCGCUAUCAAGAUGGGCGCGACGAAGGCGGACUUUGAUAACUGUGUCGCAAUUCAUCCUGUCUCAGCAGAGGAGCUAGUCACCAUGACCUAG